AUGACUCUACACCACUGGAGAAAAGGAUACAAUAGGCAGAGGAAGGAGAAAUACUUCGUACGCUAUGGGGGUAUUUUUUAUGGCCAAGUAGGUCUAGAUGAAAGUUUUUCGAUAAAGUACCAAUAUUUAGGAGGUUUUCCUAUAACAUCUGUUGACCUGAGGCGAAACUUUGGCUUUUAUUUCCAAAGACGAAAUUCCGCUGUUAUCUUAAAAAGCUGUAUUCUUGAUCCACGUUAUAGUGUCACCACAGACCAAAAGUUUUGUGAUAGUUUUGGGAGAUGGGGAGGUGCAUACACUUGCACCAAAAUUAAAAGUCAUGAUUAG